AUGUCUCAAUCUACCUCGAACCCACCAGCCCACCCUCCAAUUCCCACUCAAAAUCCAACACAAACAUCGGACGCACGCCCAAUACCGCCUCAUCUUCGUGUUCUAGCUGUAAAGUCUGCGAGUAUUGUGAGCAAAGAAGAAAUUGCGAGAAAAGAAGAAAUUGUGAGGACGAAAGACACCUCUUCAGAAAAGCCAGGCGAUAAAGCCCAGAUCGAGCAGACACCUGCUAAAGAGGAGGAACAAAUAUUGGAAAAUCGGCCAGCAAUUUACAUUCAUCCACAUCUACGGCCUAUUAUUCCACAAGCUGCCAACGAGACUGAAAAUAAACCUAAAACGUGGGUCCCUCCCCAUUUACGAAAACCGGAGGUAGCAAAGACUGUUGAACCUCAUUCAAAAGGCUCCAACUCUAUAGGGCCAUUAGCACGACCGAUUAAUGUACCUUUCGUUGCCUCGCUAAGAAAUGACCCUGUGGUCUUGAAGCCCACACACCAAACAUCUGGCCAAGGUCAUCAUGGUGGGGUUGAUUUUGAGGGGCCGGACAAACAGUCAAUCAAGCCUGUAUCACAACAGGCUGGAGCCGUGCGAGAAGAAAGUGAAAAUCAGAUCGAAAUACGAUCAACGGAGGUUGGGUCUCAAAGACCAUUCCUGCCAGUCAGCCCCGAGGAGGAUAGGUCUGUGUCGCCGACACCUAAAACCGGUCCUGCUAACGAACGGUCCCCGCCAAACUCCCUUCCUCCAUUUCCUCUAUCACAAAUUCCGAAGUAUAGUUGUCAAGGGGGGAUUAAGUUCACGGAUCAAACGAAUAAUCACCCACACGGUCAACCUCGAACUCAAUCGUAUAGCCGGCCCCGAACCCUGGUACACGGUCAACCUCGAACCCCACCUUGUGGUCAGCCUCGAACCCUAUCACAUGGCCAACUACAGAGUCCACAAAAUUCUCGCCGUGACGAGAUUUCUACCUUCAAUUGCUCAGAUAGCUCCCAAAAAAACAGUCGACCACUUAUGAGCCACGAGUCGGGACAAUUCAUGCUGAACCACCAAGAGAUUCGUAAGAGGAAAUCUUACACAAAGUACCUGACGAAAUCUAGACAUACGCCCCCAAAACCUCAUUUGCCAUUUGUGCCUGUCCACAGAUUUUAUCAGGGCGAUACUGAAAUAUAUGGGAAAUUUUCUUCCAUAAAAUCCGUUGAGCUCGAUGAAGAUUACAAAAAUGUAGCAGCACUAAUGGCUAUUGGGGAUCUUGAACGUAAACGCACUGUGUUCGCGAUACCGUCCCAUGAAGAGAUCCAGAGGCAUAUGGAGCUAGUAACUCUUCAGUCUCGCCAGGAUCGAUCAAAUAGCGAUGAAGGAAGUGAGGAGGGUCAUGAGGAACAUGAAAAAUAUGAAGAGGAAGAGGCACGGCAUAAACAAGAUCUGAACGAGAAAGAGGAUGCCCCAAAAUCGAACAUCACGCCCGUGAAAUCCGUAGAGCAGCCCUUGGAGAUAGUUGCCGAUGAGUCAGAACAGAAUCUAAGAAGCAUUUUCUUAAUCGGUCUCCCUCACAACAUGACUUUGAAACAAAUUUCCAAAAUCUGCUCAGGUUCGGGAGUUAUUGAAAGCAUUCAGAUAUGCAGAGAGAAUGGGAUAGCGUUAGUAAAUUUUGUUGUGGCUCUUGUAGCCAAACAAUUCUAUGAAGUCACCAAAGCCAAAGGCGUCACACUCGUUUUCCUCGAUGAAAAUAAAAAUACGGUCAAGAAACAAAUUAUUGUGAAGAUGGAUAUCCAGGGCACGCUUGUGCCGCAGGAAGUUCUUGAUGCUAUUGAAACACUCAACGCCAGUCGCGUCCUAGAUAUUCUGGGCUGGGACCGGAAGAGCCUUGAGAAUUCGGUAGGAUUGAAUCGAGAACGCGAGGCAGACCUUACAGAUUUACUCUUAAGACUUACAUCACAAUAUGUCUCGCGUUAUCUUGACACUCAUCAUGGUGAGCCAAAAGUGCAAGAUGUGUCAUGGGAGGUAAAUAAGUAUGGGUAUCUACAGGCCACUUUGAUAUUCGCGGGAAUCCAGGAUGCGAUGAUUGUACGUCGUUAUAUGGAAGAAGAUCAUAGACUGGACGGAUGCUUUAUAAGCUUUGGGAAAGAUCCGUGA